UCCGAUUUCUGAACCAGGUCGCCGGUCCAACUAGCACGUCACUAGUUUCCCGUUUGUUGUUGUUUCAAUUCACUUGGCAAAAUCAUGAGUGCACUGUUCAACUUCCAGAGCCUGCUGUCGGUCAUCCUCCUGCUGAUUUGCACAUGCGCCUACCUCCGGUCGCUGUUCCCCAGCAUCAUUGAUCGCAACAAAACAGGCUUACUGGGAUCGUUCUGGAAGUUGGCGAGGAUUGGGGAGCGCAAGUCACCGUGGGUAGGAGCUGCAUGUCUCAUCAUGGCCUUUACCGUGCUUUUCUGGACCUGAAGCAUCAUCGGUUCUGCUCUUGGUGAAAAUCUCCUCCAAUUCCUAUUCCAAAUCCCGCGAAAUGUAAAGGAUUCUAAAUAUAAACGCUGCGUUCUCCAGCACUGGCCGUGGUAUUUGCGCCUUCUGCAACA